AUGUGCAACAAGGCAGCACCCAAGCCGACGCUCUGGCGUCGCUUUCUCACCCUCUUCGGCGUCGCCCCACCCCACCCCGCGCCCCAGUACGACCCCUUCUACGGCUACAACACCCCUUCCUCCGACCCCUCGCUGCAAGCUGCGCCCGGCACGAUUCUGCGUUCGCGCAAGAUCGAAAUCGUCCCGUUCCCCGGCUUCGACGCGAAGAACCUCAGCGCUUGGCAGCUCGCAUACGUGACGAGAGGAGCGGAGGGGCAAGGACAGGUGACCAUUGUGACUAUCAUCGCCCCGCCGGGACCUGGGAAGCGCGAUCGCGUGGUGUCGUAUCAGCCAAAGACGGACUCUGCAGCCCCGAUCUGCCGCACGAGCUAUGCACUGCGCAAAGGCGGCACCGAACGCUACGGCGCGCUGUCGGAGCAGAUCUUCAUGGAGACGCUGCUUGAUCGCGGAUGGGUCAUCGUCUGCCCGGACUACGAGUCGCAGAAUGAUGCCUUUGGAGCAGGUGUCCAGUCGGGCCAGGCCACGCUGGACGCCUUGCGCGCCGCGCUGCAGUUCAAGGAGCUCGCACUGGAGGAGAACGCACGUAUCGUCGGAUGGGGCUACAGCGGCGGCGCCAUCGCCACGGCCUGGGCCGCACAGCUGCAGAGCUCAUACGCGCCCGAACUGCGCAACAUCGUCGGCUGGUCGUUUGGCGGCACGGCUGUGGAUCUCGAGGCGGCCGCGCGACACUGCAACAACACUGUGGUCGCGGGCAUUGUCGUCGGCGUGCUGCAAGGCUUGGCCAACGCCUACCCGAAGCUCAACAAGUGGCUGCUCGCAAGCAUCAACAAGGUCGGCGAGCCGCACUUUCUCAAGGCGCGCGAGUCAUGCUUCUACAGUGUCGUCGCCUCGUCGCUGGGCAAGGAUGUGCUGGGCCUCGUGGCUGCUGCCGACUCCAAGAAGUCCGAGGGCUACUUCAACGUCUCCGACGUGCUGGGCGCGCCGGAAUGCCGCGACGUGAUGAAGCACAACCUCCUCGGCGCGCACCCGACGCAGAUUCCCGUGGCGCCGCUCUUCAUCGUGCAGUCGCUGCACGACGAAAUCGUGCCCUUUGCGCCCGUCGACGAUCUGGUGCAGCGCUGGGGCCGCGCCGGCGCACGCAUCGAAUACAUCCGCGACGAGUGGAGCGCCCAUGUGAUCCUCUGCUUCACGGGCUACCCGGUGACGGUCAAGUGGAUGGAGGAGCGGCUGGAGCUCAAGCCGAACCCGGUCCUGCCUGGCAAGCCGUACGUGCGCACCGUCAAGACGAGUCUGAACGACGAGCCGGCAAAGGCAUGCCUCGGCUGCCGUCAGGGCCAGCUGCAGAAGCAGAUGGUCAACGACUACCAGAAGCCCAACAAGACCUGGUGGACGUGA